AUGGAACAGGGUCGCAGAGAAGACCAGAAGACGACGUUAAACAAAUAUGCCUUUGCUUGUGCUGUAGUUGCUUCAAUGGUUUCCAUCAUAUCUGGUUAUGAUACUGGUGUUAUGAGUGGAGCAAUGAUAUUCAUCAAAGAUGAUAUUGGUAUCAGCGAUACCCAACAAGAGGUUCUGGCAGGAAUCUUGAACCUAUGUGCAUUGGUAGGAUCCUUGGCCGCAGGAAGAACCUCUGAUUACAUUGGUCGUCGCUACACAAUUUUGUUAGCCUCCGUCCUCUUCAUGCUGGGUGCAGUUCUGAUGGGGUAUGGCCCAAACUACGCAAUAUUGAUGCUUGGAAGGUGUGUUGGUGGUGUGGGUGUGGGAUUUGCUCUUAUGAUAGCACCAGUUUACUCAGCAGAGAUUUCCUCUGCAUCAUCCAGGGGUUUUCUGACCUCUUUGCCCGAGCUUUGUAUCGGCAUUGGCAUCUUACUUGGCUACAUAUCAAACUACUUAUUGGGAAAAUUGACCCUGAAACUUGGAUGGAGGAUGAUGCUUGGUGUUGCGGCACUUCCGUCACUUGCUUUGGCUUUGGGCAUUCUAGCAAUGCCAGAGUCGCCAAGGUGGUUAGUGAUGCAGGGUCGUUUGGAAGGUGCGAAGAGGGUGCUAUUGAAAGUUUCAAACAGCACAGAAGAGGCUGAACUUCGUUUCAGGGAAAUAAAAGUUGCUGUAGGGUUUGAUGAGAAUUGUGGCAUUGGUGAAAAUGUGAAGGUUCCUCAGAAGAAGUCACAAGGUGAAGGGGUUUGGAAAGAGUUGCUUGUGAGGCCAACACCUGAAGUUCGUUGGAUGCUGAUUGCAGCAAUUGGGAUUCAUUUUUUCGAGCAUGCAACGGGCAUAGAAGCUGUGAUGUUGUAUAGCCCCAGAAUCUUUAAGAAAGCUGGUGUGACAAGUAAGGAUAAGCUCUUGCUGGCAACUGUUGGAAUUGGCCUCACAAAGAUCACUUUCUUGGUCUUGGCUUUAUUUUUGCUUGACAAAGUUGGCAGAAGGCGCCUCUUGCAAGUCAGCACUGGGGGAAUGAUUUGCGGCCUGGCACUUUUGGGUUUUAGUUUGACCAUGGUUGACCAUUCAAGUGAAAAGCUCUUGUGGGCAUUGAGCCUAAGCAUCGUGGCCACAUAUGCUUAUGUUGCCUUCUUUAACAUUGGGCUUGGGCCUGUCACGUGGGUCUACGGGUCGGAGAUAUUCCCUUUGAAGUUGAGGGCGCAAGGGGCGAGUAUAGGAGUUGCAGUGAAUAGGACCAUGAAUGCUGUGGUUUCCAUGAGCUUUAUUUCAGUCUACAAAUCAAUCACCAUUGGUGGGAGCUUUUUCAUGUUUGCUGGAGUAUCUGUUCUAGCUUGGCUCUUCUUUUACUUUUUCCUUCCUGAAACCAAAGGCGUGCCCUUGGAAGACAUGGAAAUGCUUUUUACCAAAAAAUCCACCGCUCAAAAUGUUGCCAUCAAAACUGAUCCAUUCUGUAGUAGCAUUUUGGGCUAG